UCCCGCUUUUCCUCCCUUCCUCCAGCCGGGCUCUCCCUCCUUUCCUCCCUCCCCUCUUCCCACUCCGGGCUCCUCUCCCUCGCCCACACUUUCUUUCUCACACACGCACGCAGACACAUCCUCCCUCUCUGCACUCUCUCCCUCUGUCUCCCUCGCUCCCUCUUUCUCUUUCACUUUUGCAUGCCCUGCAACCUUUUAAAAUGUGGCCCCUUCCCUGUGAUUCGCCAGACGCUGCGCCGCUGCCCCCCGCGCGCUCGCCCGCUCCCUCUCUCGCCCGCUUUUUGUCUCUCGCGCUCCCGCUCCCCGCCUCCGAUUUGCUACACUGAGGCUCCCGUCAAUGGACUGCAUUGAGCGCCGGCUCCAGCGCGAGUUGCCUCUCCGCUUCACGCUCGAUUUCCAGGCAUUCUUCCCUUAUUAAGUAUUCGUGUAACAUUAAUAGUCAUGAAUAUCUGCUAUUAGGAGGCUCCAGGAACGCUGCCCAGCGCGGUUAUUAGAAGCUCAAGCGGAGCCGCCACUAAGAAAAGAGGGGAGACACGGAUUAAGGAACACGCGCGCACGCAUACACACACAGACACACACUUUUUCUUUUGGGGGGGCUUUUCGUUUUCUAAGGAACUUUGAAUCACAACCGAUCCCGGCAAGAUAGAGACCGAGGGGUUCGACCUGCCGAAGGCGCCGCUCGAAUCGGUGGUUCAAGUUCGGAUGGACCAGAGCGGGGCUCCGGCGCUAGCGGGAGCGGCGGCGCGGUGACCGGAGUCGAGGGUGGCGCCGGACUCCCGGCGCCUUUUGUGUGGGGCGUCCGCGGGCUGCGGGGCAGCCGGGCUCUCCAGGCUUGCUUGUUUUUUUCCACCCUGACUCGGUACCCCAGACUCUUCGCAGAUGUUAGUUCACAGUUUUUCAGCUAUGGACCGUCACGACGGCACCAGCAACGGGACGGCGCGGUUGCCCCAGCUGGGCACUGUAGGUCAAUCUCCCUACACGAGCGCCCCGCCGCUGUCCCACACCCCCAAUGCCGACUUCCAGCCCCCCUACUUCCCCCCGCCCUACCAGCCUAUCUACUCCCAGUCGCAAGAUCCUUACUCCCACGUCAACGACCCCUACAGCCUGAACCCCCUGCACGCCCAGCCGCAGCCGCAGCACCCGGGCUGGCCCGGCCAGAGGCAGAGCCAGGAGGCUGGGCUCCUGCACACGCACCGGGGGCUGCCCCACCAGCUGUCUGGCCUGGAUCCUCGCAGGGACUACCGACGGCACGAGGACCUCCUGCACGGCCCGCACGGGCUGGGCUCCGGACUCGGAGACCUCCCGAUCCACUCCUUACCUCACGCCAUCGAGGACGUCCCGGUAAGAGGCCGCGCGGACGGCGCGAGAGGGAGUGCAGCCCGUCCCCCCUCCCAGAGAAGAUGCCGGGGACGCACAGCCGGUGGGCCCGGGUUUUCUUCACAUGUAGAAGACCCGGGUAUUAACAUCCCAGAUCAAACUGUAAUUAAGAAAGGCCCCGUGUCCCUGUCCAAGUCCAACAGCAACGCCGUCUCCGCCAUCCCCAUUAACAAGGACAACCUCUUCGGUGGCGUCGUGAACCCCAACGAAGUCUUCUGUUCAGUUCCGGGUCGCCUCUCGCUCCUCAGCUCCACCUCGAAGUACAAGGUCACGGUGGCGGAAGUACAGCGGCGCCUCUCACCGCCCGAGUGUCUCAACGCUUCGCUGCUGGGCGGAGUGCUGCGGAGGGCGAAGUCUAAAAAUGGAGGAAGAUCUUUAAGAGAAAAGCUGGACAAAAUAGGAUUAAAUCUGCCAGCAGGGAGACGCAAAGCUGCCAAUGUCACCCUGCUCACAUCACUAGUGGAGGGAGAAGCCGUCCACCUAGCCAGGGACUUUGGGUACGUGUGUGAAACCGAAUUUCCUGCCAAAGCAGUAGCUGAAUUUCUCAACCGACAACAUUCCGAUCCCAAUGAGCAAGUGACAAGAAAAAACAUGCUCCUGGCUACAAAACAGAUCUGCAAAGAGUUCACCGACCUGCUGGCUCAGGACCGAUCUCCUCUGGGGAACUCGCGGCCCAACCCCAUCCUGGAGCCCGGCAUCCAGAGCUGCUUGACCCACUUCAACCUCAUCUCCCACGGCUUCGGCAGCCCGGCGGUGUGCGCCGCGGUCACGGCCCUGCAGAACUAUCUCACCGAGGCCCUCAAGGCCAUGGACAAAAUGUACCUCAGCAACAACCCCAACAGCCACACGGACAACAGCGCCAAAAGCAGUGACAAAGAGGAGAAACACAGAAAGUGAGGCUCUCCUCCCGCCCAGCCCCUCCCAUGCCUCGCCAGCCCCUCCCCCAAGCGCCCACCCACUCUGUCUUCCCCGCACCAACCUCCCCCGGCAGGUGACAGCUCCGGGAUCAGCAACCCCCCACUGCUGCUACUGCUGCUGCUGCUGCUGCUGCUGCUGCUGCCGCCGCCGCCGCCGCCGCCGCCGCUGCCGCCUCCAGUCCUCCCGUCUGGGAGUCUGGGGACUGCUCUGCACUGUCAGCGGGGCAGCCCCUGCUGACUCAGGCCCUGCCUCAACUUCCCCAUCAGCAUCGACCCACUGCCCUCAUGUGGAGCCUAAGAACAGAACAGGCCGUGAAGCCAGCAAAGAAAAGUUCUGUCGGAGUUUGUGAACUUUUUUUUUUUAAAUAAAUAAAAACCCCCACACAGCAACAAUGGCAACAACAACAAAAACUUAAAACUUUUUUUUUCUAAAAAAAAGAACGCAAAAAUUAAAAAAAAAUUAUAUGAGCUUCAUGGGACUGAAUCACCACCUUCUCUUACAUACAUCGGUUCAGAUUGUAGCCAUACUUUAAAAAGGCAAAAGGAUAAUGACAUUUUUAUCAGUAUUGUGAAUAAACUUGAACACAAAUACACGAAGUUCCAUGUCAUGUCUCAGUUGUAGACGUUUUUCCUCUUCAAGGUAAAGCGACCAACUUGAACUUUCUCUGGCAACACGAUUCAGUUAUAUAAGGGAAUCAGUGUUCAUGUCUCUGUAUAUAUUUAUUUAUGUGUAAUUUAAUGGGAAGUGUAAAUAUGGUGAGUCUGUUUUAAGCCUUUUUUUUUUAUUUAUCUGGUGAUCUCGUUUACCUCUUGUUUAGUGGGUUUUGAAUCUUCCCUAUUAGUUCUUCAUGUGGUUCAUGGUACUUAUUUAGAAAUUCAAGGUUUGGGGGGAUUCCUUUUUCCUCUGGGAUUCAUGAAUUUAGCAUGUUAAAGAUGACAAUGAAACAGCUGAACAAAUAAAAAGCAAGUAAAGUAAAAUUUUAUAUACAAUUAGAAUUACAUUUAGCUUUUCAUUGAACGGAAAGAAAAAUUGAUAUUGGAACCUGGGAAAGAUUUUUAAACUUGAGUGGUUUCAUAACCCUUCUGUGUAUUAGGGGGAGGGGAAAAAGUUAAUUUCAUUCCACCAUCCUCCCUCAAAAGCAUCAUUUGAGCAAUAAACGAGUAUUGUCUUUAAACCAAGGGUUAGGGAUAUUUUUUCCUCUCUUUCUCUCUUUUUGUUCAGAGAACUUCAAACAUGUGGGACCACCUGGCAUUCUGUAUUUUCACUGGCCAUUUUGGAAACAGUUCUAGUUGUAUUGUAUUGAGUUGUGCCGGCAGUAGUUUCCAUGCCUGUCAAUGUAUCAUAGUCCUUUGUUGCCCAGAUAAAUAAAUAUUUGAUACGCUUUA